AUGACUAACAAAUUAGCAUUUGAAGCGCUCGAUAGGACGUUGCGUGAUAUAAUGGGUUCGGUCUCUGAUAGGAAUAAAAAUUUACCUUUUGGUAGGAAGGUGGUCGUUCUUGGUGGUGAUUUUAGGCAGGUCUUGCCAGUUAUUCCAAAAGGUUCGCGUGCUGAGAUUGUUAUGGCUUCCAUAAAUUCUUCUGUUCUUUGGAAAUAUUGUGAAGUUUUGCGACUAACAAAAAAUAUGAGGUUAGGAAUCAGGUUUGAACAAUCAACUGCUCAGGAGUUAAGGUUGUUUUCAGAUUGGAUACUUCAAAUCGGGGAAGGUCAUUGUGGAACAGUGGUCAACGAGAAACUUUUUGUUGAUAUUCCUUCUGAUCUAAUCAUUCCUGUCUUGGAAAAUCCAGUGGAAGAUAUUGUAAAUACAAUAUACCCGAAUUUGGUUCAGAAUUUUCGUGAUCCAAGUUUCUUCCAAGAUAGGGCAAUACUCGCUCCGACUGUCGACAAUGUUGAAGAGAUAAACAAUUAUAUAGUUGAUUUGUUGCCCGGUGAGGAGAAAAAUUAUCUCAGUGCUGAUUCGAUAUGUGGUAGUGAUGCCUAUUCUGAUGUUGAUGUUGAUUGGAUAACUGUUGAAUUCUUGAAUCAGAUUAGGUGUUCUGGUCUACCUAAUCAUUUGUUAAAGUUGAAAAUAGGUGUUCCUAUUAUUUUGUUGAGGAAUAUUGAUCCGGCUGGUGGUUUGUGUAAUGGGACUCGACUUGUCGUGCGAGAUCUAGGGACAAAUGUCAUUGGUGCAGAUAUUGUUUCUGGUAGCAAUGUUGGGGACAAAGUUUUUAUCACCAGAAUGAGUAUGAUUCCUAGUGAUACGGUUAUACCGUUUAAAUUCCAACGUCGUCAAUUUUCGGUUUCUCUGUCCUUUGCGAUGACAAUCAACAAGAGCCAGGGUCAGACGUUAUCAAUGGUCGGAUUAGAUGAUGCUGGUAGGACUGAAAACGUUGUAUUUAAGGAAGUUUUUGAUAAGGUCAAAUUCUAA